AAUAAGAAAGCAUCAUUUCAAAAAUUAGUUAUAUAAAGCGUGACUGUGGUGAUAAACAGGAGUUUGAUCCAGGAACUAAGAGAAUGUGAUUAAGCUGUACAAGCUUACAUAAGCGACAUGUCAAAAAUGAAACCAAAAGUACUUCCCUUUCAAAACAAAACAACUUCCAUCUAACAGUGCGCGCCUCUUCUCGUUUAAUGUCUGCAAAAAUGUCGUCAGUUGUGGUCUUCUUCUCCCUUCACGUCUUACUGGCUUCUGGAUUGAAAGAGCUCCGAGUGGGGCCUGGACAAGAUGCCACUCUUCAGUGUUGGGGUCCCAGAGAUGCACACGUCACCCUGCUGGAGUGGAGCAGACCGGAGCUCAUCUCACAGGGUUAUGUGUUCUUCUUCCAAGACCAGCGCUCGUACGAGAACUACCAGCAUGAGUCCUUCAAAGGCCGAGUGCAGCUGAGAGACUCAUCCAUGAAGGAUGGAGACGUUUCUGUGAUUUUGAGGAAUGUCAGGGGCAGCGAUACAGGAACAUAUGAGUGUGAGAUUACAACCAGCAGCAUCAGAAAUGGCGAGAGAGUCGUCAAAGAGUUCAAGCACUCCAUCAACCUCACAGUCACAGACACAGGUUUCACAGAAGGACAAUCCAAAGAAAGAGGACACAAGGAUGGAGUAGACAAGGAUAUAUCUUUUUUUGUUAUUAUGUUCAUUGUGACGUGCGGACUCCUUGGUGUUAUGGUUAUUGUUACUGUAGCUGUAAAUAUCUACAGGAAAAAAAAAUCAAUCAUCAAAAACCCAAAUCAUACCAACAUGAUGGAAAGUGAACAGCUGGCAUGAAAUGUGUCAG